GCAGUGCAUCUCUGAGUAGCAGGCAGCAGGCAGGCUGGCAGGCACUCUGGGGAGCUGGGCCAGGCUCAGGCCACAGGGAGUUUCACUUGGGGCUGUGGGUUGUGUGUGUCUCCUCUGGGUCGUGGCUCAGUCCUUUGGGUUGAGAAUAAUUUUCCUCGUUGUGGCCAGAAGUACCCUUAUCCAUCUGUGGAUAGGAAAUGAGGUGUUUUGUGCGAAUUUCUCUUUUCAGGGUUACACGUUUUGAGAAAUGGGUGAAUUUUUGCCGCUGGCUCUGGGACAGAGAUUAGCUCUGGGAGGGCCGAGGCUUGGUGCAGAUAGCCUUGUGGCCUUUGUCUCCAGUGAGGCAAGGUGCAUUUCUGGCAAAGUCCCCCCUGGCCUCCUUGCAACUAGGCACUCUGCCCAACAGAAGGGUCUGCAACAGGCUCAGCAGUGAUAGCCUUGGAAAGGAUUUGUGGUGGUGGUGGCGGUCACGUCACUGGGGUGAGGAAGUCACUGAUAGGAGGACCAAAAGGUCUCCAGGAAGGCCUGCAUAUUGAGAUCCAGCAGAGCCUCAAGCGCUGGCUGCCUCUGCUCAGUAUCUAUGGGAGUUGGUCCUGGCUUUGUGAAUAGGCGUGCUUGCCGCUGGAAUCCAGGGCAUGGCUGUGGGGCAGCCCUGGGAGAUUCCUGCACGAGGCCCUACUCUCUCACAAAUUGCAUUUUCUGUUAAAGAAUUUCAGUGGAGGUUGAAGGCACAGGGCGAUUCCUUUGGAGUGUGAUGUGGGCAGCCCCAGGGGUGAGCCUCACAAACCUAUUUGUUUACUGUUGGUGGAUUAGUGUGCCCAGGUGAGCAAACAGCUGUCUGCCCUCUGUCCAGGGACCUUAGGAUGUCACUACAAGUCCUGUCUUCCUUUAAGCCAAGAGCUAUUUGGCAAGCCUGACUGGGGGGCAGACAGCAGCCCCAGGGCACGUCAUGUCCUAGGCUGUGCCCCCCACAUGUGUCCCACAGCAAUGCUGUGGGCACCUGCUCCCAUGCCAGUGCAUGGUAGAGCAGCACUGUCCCUGGGACCUCUCACCCAGUCUCUGUGGUACCUGGCUGUAUUGUUUGUGCUAAGCCUCAGAGCUGUCUCCAGAGCUGCAGGAGCAAGGCUGAGCACCUCUGCCUGGCUAAUCAUUCCCUGGGCUCACUCCUGAGCUCUCCUAACAAUGGUGGUGUAGAAACAGGUGGCCCUGUCUGUCCCCAAGGACAAGCACAGCGCUCUCCUUGUCAAACACAGAUAGGAAGCUUUCCUGCUGCUAGAGCUGCCAUAGGACCUGUUAGGGAUUAGGCUUUGGCUCCUUUCUUCCAUGGCCUCCACGCCUGUGCACGCCAAUGCCCCUGCCUGGCUUGGGUCAUUGCUGGUGCUCUGAGAGGUGCACUACCACUGAGGUGUGCCCUAGCCCUUUCUGUUUGGGGUCUCACUAAGUUGCCCAGGCAGGCCGGGACCUCACAAUCCCCUUGCCUUGACCUCCUGGACCACUGGAAUGACAGGCCUGUGCCACUGUGUCCUGCUCAUGGUUUGGAUUUUGAAAGCAUGGCACAUGUGCUUAUAAAACAUUCAAGAAGAACACGCAGAAGUCCCUGUUCCAGAUUUUGGUCCCCAGAUGGAUCCUGGUUGAAAUUGGCACGUCUGACAUGUAAGCCUUUUGCUCACAGGCUCCUCACGUGGGUGGGCUGUGACAUGCUAGGCCAAGCCACUAACCCCUCUUGGACAGCCUGAGAGAUGGUGCUAGGGCCACUCUGACCACUUGGUCUCCCCAUUCAGGCAGUGGCCAGGAGGGCCUUCACAGCCUGUGUCAUGUCCCCCACGCCCAGCAUCUUCACACCAGGCUCUGCUUCUCAGGACAAACUGAGCAGUGUCACAGGCCAUGCAUUCACAGGGAGCCUCCACAGAAGAGGUCUCAGGGUUGAGGCCACAGCCAGAAACUGCACCCCUUUUGGGAUACAGGCCAACUGUGCAGGUGGCAGGGAUCUGAGAGCUGGCCUGGCAUGCGUGAUGUGGUGUGGACACAAGCAGAGGUCUGAGCCUUUUUCGGGUUAGAUUUCCACCUGGUAGUCUCUGUGGGCCUCCUGUUUUACACAGAUGGCUCAUGGGGUAAGCCCACGUAGGUAGCCUUUGCUGGAUUCUGGAAGUUUCUGUCUUAAGGACCCAGGAGGGAUCACAGAACAAGUUGGUUCCCUAGGCCUCCUAGCUGGGAUCUCCCCUCUCGUUGUCCAUCCUGCACCCUGACAGUCAGAGAGGCCAGGCCAGGGUGCCACUCUGCCCAGAGCCCUGUGUCUGUCCUUACCUCUGCCCAGGCUCUACCCUCCUCUGCAAGGAGACAGUGACUGGGCUGCCCAGAGAGAGCACUGGGCUGGGGAGGGGGGCAUGGUCCUCAGGGGGUUCUUGCUUGUCCACAAGUGCCUACCUUGCAUCACCUGAGGAAGGGCCCUGCCUGGCCCAGUCCACACAGGGGAGGAGCACAGCCUGAGAUGGGGACUCUCCUCUCUCCUCAUCACUGCAACAUCCCUCUGUUCUUGUUGUGUGAACCAAGGUCCCAUGCCCCUAUGAGCUCUGUGGCCCACUGUAGGUGGGCUUCUUGGACAGUACCCAGUCCAGGCUUGACCUGGGUUGCGCCUACCGGAGCCCCCUUGGGUGUGACCAGGCACCAAGGAGACCAGCAGCCCCAGGUCAAGGCUAAACCACAUUGUCUUUAUAGCAGCAAUGCAGGGUCCCUGGACAGGCUUCUCCCCACCGUGGGCACCAGGCGCUCACCCCGGAAGCGCACCACCAGCCAGUGCAAGUCGGAGCCACCCCUGCUGCGCACCAGCAAGCGCACCAUCUACACGGCAGGGCGGCCACCCUGGUACAAUGAGCAUGGCACACAGUCCAAGGAGGCCUUUGCCAUCGGCCUGGGAGGUGGCAGUGCCUCGGGGAAGACCACCGUGGCCAGGAUGAUCAUUGAGGCUCUGGAUGUGCCCUGGGUGGUCUUGCUGUCCAUGGACUCCUUCUACAAGGUGCUGACCCAGCAGCAGCAGGAGCAGGCCGCCCACAACGACUUCAACUUUGACCACCCCGACGCCUUCGACUUCGACCUCAUCAUCUCCACCCUCAAGAAGCUGAAGCAGGGCCGGAGCGUCCAAGUGCCCAUCUAUGACUUCACCACCCACAGCCGGAAGAAGGACUGGAAAACGCUCUAUGGUGCAAAUGUCAUCAUCUUCGAGGGUAUCAUGGCCUUCGCUGACAAGACGCUGCUGGAGCUCCUGGACAUGAGAAUCUUUGUGGACACGGACUCCGACAUCCGCUUAGUGCGGCGGCUGCGCCGGGACAUCAGUGAACGAGGCCGGGACAUCGAGGGUGUCAUCAAGCAGUACCACAAGUUUGUCAAGCCUGCCUUUGACCAAUACAUCCAGCCCACCAUGCGCCUGGCAGACAUUGUGGUGCCCAGAGGGAGUGGGAACGCGGUGGCCAUUGACCUGAUCGUGCAGCAUGUGCACAGCCAGCUGGAGGAGAGGGAGCUGCGCUGGGAUAUGGCGGCCCUGGCCUCAGCGCACCAGUGCCACCCACUUCCCCAAACGCUGAGCGUCCUCAAGAGCACCCCGCAAGUGCGCGGUAUGCACACCAUCAUCAGGGACAGGGAGACUAGUCGGGACGAGUUCAUCUUCUACUCCAAGAGACUGAUGCGGCUGCUCAUCGAGCAUGCGCUUUCCUUCCUGCCCUUCCAGGACUGUGUGGUGCAGACCCCACAGGGGCAGGACUACGCAGGCAAGUGCUAUGCGGGAAAGCAGAUCACUGGAGUAUCCAUCCUGCGUGCUGGGGAGACCAUGGAGCCUGCUCUGCGUGCUGUGUGCAAAGACGUGCGCAUUGGCACCAUCCUCAUCCAGACCAACCAGCUCACGGGGGAGCCCGAGCUCCACUAUCUUCGGCUGCCCAAGGACAUCAGUGACGACCACGUGAUCCUGAUGGACUGUACGGUGUCUACUGGCGCUGCGGCCAUGAUGGCCGUCCGUGUCCUCCUGGACCACGAUGUGCCCGAGGACAAGAUCUUCUUGCUGUCACUGCUGAUGGCGGAGAUGGGUGUCCACUCCGUGGCCUAUGCUUUCCCACGAGUGAGAAUCAUCACCACAGCUGUGGACAAGCGGGUCAAUGACCUUUUCCGCAUCAUCCCAGGCAUAGGGAACUUUGGGGAUCGCUACUUUGGGACAGAUGCGGUCCCUGAUGGCAGCGACGAGGAAGAGGUGGCUUCCACUGGUUAGCUGCCCAGGCUGACCCACCCUGUCCCCACCCAACCUCCUCCUGCCUCCUGGUGUGGGUAGGAGGAGGUUAAUUUAAUUUCAAAAAAUGAUACCAAUAAAAAACAUCUACACAUUUUGUAAAAUAAAGCUUUAGAAA